GAGUAGGGAGGGGUUCGUCUAUUCCGAAAAAGUGACAUGGAAGCCCGUAUUUGCAUCGGUUGCCGACCAAAGUAGUAACGACUAAACCGUGAUCAGUCUCUUAGGGCUGGGCUAUAUUGCCGGAGCAUAUCAUCUUUGCCUGUCAUACGAAAUCGACAUUUCGUUGCGGUUUCCUGUUGGCAUUAUUGUGGGAGUUCUGUCUGUCUGUUGUGAAAUUGUUUCGAGCUCUCGGGCACGUCGACUGGGCGUUCGUGAUUGUUAUUCGCAAUAAGAAAUAUACCUCAAUAGUAUCAGACACGCCUCUCGGAUAGGCAGUUGGAAGGAAUAUCUCUCUGACUGUGGUUUUUCAACCCUGCUAGCGUUUCGUUCGCCGCAGCCAUGACGUCCAAAAAGCUCUACGGUAAAGACUUGAAAGAAUUCGACGAUGUGGAUGUCGACGACCUUCUCACCCAACUGUCGGCCGAAGAAUUGGAAAUCCUCUCCAAAGAAGUAGAUCCUGAUGACCGGUUUAUGCCUCCUGAUCAGCGUACAAACUACCACUGCGAACGGGAACCUACCGGUCCAGUCGAUCGUAAGCAACUUAUCGAGCACAUUAACAAGAUUGCACUCGAAACACCCGAUCAACCUGAAAACGUGCCAUUCGUCGCCGGAGUCGUCCGUGGUAAAAAGUGGAUACCUCCGGAAGCGCCGGUUAUUGCCACCCGUGAAGAUGAAGGCGUUUCUUUCAAUCUCGAGGACGAAUACGAGCAAGCUCUGGGGACGGCCACCGAAGAGGAGCUCGUUGACUUGGCAGCUAUUCUGGGAUUCCAUUCGAUGAUGAAUCAGGAUCAGUACCACGCCUCACUCCUUAACAAGGGCAAAGUGGGUUUGGGCUGGGAUGGCGUAACGAAAGCCUCGCAACCCAAAGCUCUACCUUUCGAGCCUCCCAAUACCACAGAUCCGGAACAAUCUAUCCUCAAAGUUUAUGACGAUGAUAGCAAAACAAUUGAACUAUGCUUCAACAAUAUCAACUUGACAGACGACCAAUUCGACCGGUUGUUCAAAGCGCUGGAGAUCAACACGCGCUUGGAAGUCCUUAGUCUUAGCAACACGGGCCUCACAGAUCGCACAGCUGAAAAAUUGGCCAUCGCUCUUGAAAAGAAUGCCACAUUACGCGUUAUCAAUAUUGAAACCAAUCAAGUGAGCGCUAAUGGAAUCGUCCGGCUCGUAAAGAGCUUAUUGGUACAGAAGAAUAUCGAAGAAUUCCGCGCCUCCAACCAGUUGACUGCCCAUGUCUUGGGCAACAAAGCGGAAAUGGACAUCACCCAAUGCAUCGAGCAAAAUACCACCCUGAUGCGGGUAGGGCUCUUUUUCGAGUUCAAUGACGCCCGGAGUCGAGUGGCCAACCAUUUGCAGAAAAACAUUGACCGCAAUCGUUUGCGUCGCACGGGCCGCGCUCCUCGCAAUUUGACAGCUGGCUACAUCCUGAAGAAAGACACUCCCAACACGAAGAAAAGCAACACUGGGCAAGAAUUCAAAAAAUAAUAAGCCAUUGAGAAGAGCGCCGAGACGACGAAUAACGUUGCUUUCAUCCUUUCAUCGGUUUUUUAUUCCCAUUUUCACGUCUUUUUUAUGAUAGAGAAUUCGUUUAAUCAUACAAUUUUUUUCCCCCUAUUAUAUCCACCAUACUUUACGCCCCUUUAUAAAAUAAGCGCGUGAUUGUUACUGCCGAUUUGCUUUUGUUCCAACUCAUUUCGGAUGCAUUCGUAGUCUUGUGUGGAAAUAUGAAAUCGAUCCGUCAUGGGUUCCAACGGCAUUAGGUCAGUAGUAUGUAAGUAACUAUAUCAUUGAUUUCAAUCCCCUCGAUGUUUUUCUUUGAUUUUCCCCAUCUGGCUUGAGCCUUCGGAAGUAGUAGAUUUAAACUAAUUUUCAGCUUGUCUUUUAUCCUUUCCCCUUCCCGAUACUCCUACCCAUUGACACAUUUAUUAUUAUUAUUUUUUGUUUUCUCUGGUUGUAUGAUCAAAUACUUUGUCCAGCAGGCUCAUACAUUUACACACGCAUACACAUUCGCAACAAGGUGCGCGAAAAGAAAUAUCAGUUACGUGUAGCCGUUCAUGUCCCGUCCCUUACGUGAUCACAUUAGUACGCGGAUGUGCGGCCCCCAGUGUGCCUGUAUGUUAGCAUUUGUUGUGAACGUAUGUUGUAGGUGUUGUCUAUGAAUAUAUUCACGAGGGACUA